AUGAAAUCUAGCUUGACUAAAGCUCAGUAUGAACAUGUGGUCAGAUCAAUUCGUAGAAAUGGAGGAACGAUCGUACCUUCUCCGACAUACUCUGGCUUGACUCAUAUCAUCCUUACUCAUAAUUCAAAUGAUAAAGAUGAGAUAUUUGACGUUGGAAGACCAAAGAGGAAGGAUACACAUACGAUAAGAUCGUUGGACGAUAAUGGUUGGGCAACAUUUAGGUUACUUGAGAAUUUCGGUGAAAUUGUAAAUUCGCCCCAUCGCCGAUCCCACAUCAAUCCAUCUUUCGGACAUGGACAUGGAGACGGACACGAUCAUGAAAUGGUGGGUGGACAAAGGAAAAUGGCGGUAGUGAUUUUAAAGAAAAAUUGGGUGUAUGAUUGUAUUAGACUAGGAAGGGUGUUGGGGCAAAGACAAAAUUGGCAUGGAUGGAAAGUCAAAGGUAGAUAUCCAGACGAUGCUUCCGGUUUCGAAAGUGCUUUACCUUACGAGUAUUCAAGACCUACGCCUGUCACCGGCAGCAAACCAUCUGGAAUCUCCAACAUCUCCAGCUCACCUAUCGUAUCCACUAAUUUCGAUCCACCCAAAUAUAACAACCAACCAGUCAAGCUCAUAACUAGAUAUUACCCUCUCCAUCCGAUCAAGAUCGAUCCGUCGAUACGACUUCCCUCUAUGACUUGGUCUACUAGGAUACCGGCUCCGCCCAAUGGUCAAUUCCAAACCCAUUACCUCGAGUUGAGAUCGGACCAACUCAAAUCGAAGAUAUAUCUCACAGGAUAUCUUCCUCCCGAUCCUAGGUUCUCGCAAUCGUACGGCGAGAAGAAAGAAGAACACGGGCACGCCCAGUCUUUCAAGGUGGAUGGGCAAAGAGGAAGAGUGGGCUUCGAUUAUCAUGGUUCACAGGAGAUCUAUAAGGAGGCUAGGGGCACGAGGGAUGUUUCGUUUUGUACAGAUGACUGGCUCAGAAGCGAGAAGAUGGGAGGUAUCAUCGAAGAUCCUAGGACGACAACAACUAGCUUUCAAACCCUUAAUUCGAACAACCAAGGGUCGGCUGCUCAAGAUCUGGAUGAUCCUCUUCCUAAUCUGGAUAUCUCUUAUGCUGGCAAUAAGGACAAAGGAAUCAAUAUCAUCCUUCCGCCAAGUAUAAAUGAUGGAAAACGAUACCACACCAACCCCAUCUCGACUCAACAGAAUGGAAUUCGAUUGACCAUCUGCGCUACAGAUCGCAAGACCAACUUUUCUACUCUUCCUGAAAAAGUAGUCUACCCCGAUCAGACGUUUGAUGAGAGAAAUUGUCUUAUUUACCCAAAAAACAACAGUUCGAUGUCUUAUAUACCCAAUUUUCUAAAAUCAAGUCUGAUAUACCCAGUUUUCAAAAAACAGGUCUGA